UAAAUUUGCAUUCAUAUUUAGUUUUUAGGUAGAUCAGUGCAAAUAAGUGAAACGUUCCAAAAUGAGUAUCAUUGCGGAACUAACGGUCUCUUUGGUUCUUGUUUUUUUCAUAUGUAUCGUAUACGGACGGUUAAAGCAGGUGAUAGACGUUAGAAAUAAAUUGAAAUGGUGCAAAAAGAAACGUGGUCUUCCCAUACUUGGUAAUGCGUUGGAAUUUAGCGGUGCUUCAACUGAAUAUCUACAAACUCUUCAAAACAUGAUAGAACAUAGCAAUGGCGAAAAAUUGAUACUUAUAAAUAUUGUGCAUAUGCCAUUGUUGAUAACAACGAAUUACAAAUUCAUAGAGUUUGUUCUAAGCAGCAAUUCCACUAAACUCCUAAAUAAAUCUUACGAUUAUAAUUAUCUUCGGAAUUGGUUAGGGGCAGGACUUCUAACAUCCAGUGGAGAAAAAUGGAGGGCAAAGAGGAAAAUCGUAACCCCAACAUUUCACUUCAAAAUUUUGGAUAAGUUUAUCGAAGUAUUUGAUACAAAUGCAAAUAUUUUGAUAAAUAAAUUAGAACAGGAAAAUGGUAAAAAUGGCUUUGAUAUAUAUAACUAUAUUACAUUGUGUGCAUUGGACAUAAUUUGUGAAACUGCAAUGGGUGUGUCAAUCAAUGCUCAAGAGAACAAGGACUCUGAUUACGUAAGAAGUGUAAAAGAAAUGUGCAGAUUACUUAUCGAACGAGCGUUUUCCCCCAUCGAAAUAUUUGAUGUGUUGUACCGAUUCACUAAAAAUUACCAGUUGGAACAAAAGGCUGUUAAGAUUUUACACAACAAAACUGACAGUGUUAUCCGUCAACGCAGAGAACAAUUGAAAAAUGAAGUGGAAAAAGUGAUUCAUAAUGAAGAUGAUGUUGGAGUUAAAGAGAAGAAGGCUCUUUUAGAUAUGCUUCUUAGUACCACCGUUGACGGUAAUCCCUUGUCGGACACAGAAGUCAGAGACGAAGUCAACACAUUCAUGUUUGGGGGUCAUGACACUACUUCAUCAACUAUGACUUUCGCAACCUAUCUUUUGGCAAAUUAUCCUGAAGUUCAAAAACUUGCGUAUGAAGAACAAUGUAACAUAUUUUUUGAAGAUAAAGAUAGACCCGCUACCAUGAGAGAUUUGCAAGAGAUGAAAUAUUUAGAAAAUGUAAUAAAAGAAACAUUGAGGUACUAUUCUACAGUGCCUUUCUAUAGCAGAGAUGUGAGCGACGAUAUAGAAUAUGAGAAUGGAAAAAUAAUUCCCAAGGGUACAACCAUUAUAAUAUUUGCCUAUGGAGUUAGCAGAGAUAAAGAUAAUUUCGAUGAGCCAGAAAAAUUUGAUCCAAGCAGAUUUGAUCGGAUGGACGGAAAAAACCCUUUUGCGUAUGUGCCCUUUAGUGCUGGUCCGAGAAAUUGUAUAGGGCAAAAAUUUGCAAUGUUGGAAAUGAAAUGUAUAUUGUCAAAAUUGAUAAGGAAAUAUGAACUUUUACCCAGUAUACCUGAACACAAAAUUAAAUUAGCUGCCGAAACAGUACUGAAAUCGGCCAAUGGUGUUUUCAUGAGGAUUAAGAGACGUAAAUAAAAAAUAAAAAAAAUU